AUGGCCGCCGACGGCAAUGGCCGGCCGACAGCGGCCUACUUCUGGAGGGCGGCGGCAAUGGCCGACCGACCAGCGACAAUCCCCCGUUCUAGAGGACGACGAUGGGCAGCGUGGCAAUGUCCUUCACAGCUCGAGACAAUACGGAGAGAUGGAGGGGCGGCGAUGAGGACGGGCGGCGCGCGACAGUGGGGAGAUGGAGGGGCGGCGACGGCAAUAAGGGAGGCAAUGAGACAGGGGGAGAUGGAGAUGGAGCGAGGGAGGACGGGCACUGGCGUGGGUCGCGGGCGGGCGAAGCCUUAUGUGGGCGGUAGCAAUGGGCGAGAGUCGCGGCAGCGCUUUUCUCGUCUAAGGACGGAGAGCAGUGCUUUGAGAUCCUGCUGCUUUCAGACAACAUGCAUAUGGAAAAUAUCAUGCAUAAUACUGGACUUGAAAAAUGCUCAGAUGAGAAUUUUACAAUAA